AUGUUUGGAGUAACAACUUCAGUUCUGGAAGAUUUGGCUACUAAUGGAUCUACAUAUUCUCAACGUGGUAAUGCUACUUAUGCUCUUAAAUCUUUAUUAUCAUUUGAUUUUGUUUUCAUUUUGCAUAUGAUGAAAGAAAUCAUGGGAAUCAUUGAUAAACUUUGUCAAGCAUUGCAACAAAAAUCUCAAGACAUUUUGAAUGCUAUGCAUCUGGUUUCUAGUACAAAGUCAUUGAUUCAACAGUUAAGAGAUAGUAGUUGGAGAGCACUUUUGGAGAAAGUUAGUUCUUUCUGCAAUGAUCAUGCUAUUCAGAUACCUGAUAUGGGUGCUUCUUUUAGUGACAUAAUUCGGUCUCGUCGUAAAAAGGAUGUUGUUACUGUUGAACACCACUAUCGUGUUGACAUUUUUACUAGCGUGAUAGAUUUUCAAUUGAAAGAGCUAAAUAGUAGAUUUAGUGAGCAAGCAACCGAGCUCUUCAUAUUGAGUACAUCUUUAGAUCCUAAAGAUGCUUUCAAGUUAUUCAGUGUUUGCAAUAUAUGCAAUCUUGCAAAGAAUUUCUAUUCUUUAGAUUUUUCUGAGCAAGAAAAGAUUCAAUUGGAUUAUGAGUUACAACAUUAUGAACUUGAUGUGGUUAAAACUCCAGAUUUUUAG